CAGCGUGUCAGUUGAGUCUCAACAUUGCACAUCACAGCGAUCGAUUGCUCAUUGCCACCUGCUGCGAACAUACAUAGUGUCUUGUGUGUGUCUCGAUUGGCGUAAAGAGCUUCUUUUUCACUAUUAUACUGUGCAAUAACUGUACAUUCAACAGUAUAACGUGCAUUAUACAGAAUCUGAGCUUCCCCUCCGCUGCUUUCUACCUCACCUACAAUUGCCAGUUGGUACCAACCAGUGUGAGCACAGGCUCAGUACAGCAGACACGCAGCCACCAGUUACUAUCCUGGAGAGUAGCAACUGUUCCUUUCUGUCUCCGUUAACCAUGCUGUGCAAAGUAGGAUUUUCACAAAUUAAUACAACGAUGUAUUCAACAACUCUUCUGCUUUACUAUUUCCUGUUUCCUCACCAAGAAGUGUUCUUAGCCUAUGGACAAACUUAAAACUACUUGAUAUUUUUGUGUUACGUAAACACUUAGAGUUAAAAGCAAAAUGUAUGAAAAUUUCAUUGAAAAGAAUAAUUGUUCACUGCCCUGUAACUUCGAUUAUUCUCUCGAGGGCACCCUGUUACCAUUCUGGCAAAACGAUAGCUACGACAACAUCACUAACAUCUCAACGGGGAUUCAAGACGCUCAACCCACUGAAGACGACGACUGGAUGAAUUUUCUUUGGUACACACCUUAUCCUAAUGGAUUUUCGCAGUUGAGAAUUAUUCUAACUGCCUUCUUUGUCACCGUAAUUAUGAUAUUAAUAGUUGUGGGUAAUAUGUUGGUCUGUAUUGCCAUAGCCACGGAAAGAGCCCUGAAAACAGUGCAGAAUUGGUUCAUUGCAUCGUUAGCUGUGUCCGAUUUUCUCGUCGGUUUGGUUAUAAUGCCUUUCUCAUUGGCUCAAGAACUCAUGGGAUACUGGAUAUUUGGUACUAUUUGGUGCGACAUUCACGCCGCUUUGGAUGUGUUUUUGUGCACUGCAUCUAUUAACAGCCUUUGCAUGAUAAGCUUGGAUCGGUAUUGGUCAGUCACGCACGCAGUCGAAUAUUUGAAGAAACGAACUCCUUCGAGAGCCAUGGCAAUGAUUUGUUUUGUUUGGCUCUUGUCUGCGUUAAUAUCUUUGCCUCCUUUAGUAGGUUGGAAGAAGAAAGACGAACCUUCAGAAUUUCCUAUUUGUUUACUUAGUAAAGAUAUCGGCUACGUUCUUUACUCAGCACUCGGCUCAUUUUACAUUCCAGCUAUUGUAAUGGUGUUCGUUUAUAUUAGAAUAUUCAUGGCUGCAAGAACUAGAGCGCGUAGAAACGUUCACAAACCACGGCAAGCUCCAGAAUACACUAACGAACAGCCAAAAGAUAAGUCCACUACCACAACUAACACAACUUUAAGUAAUCCUAGUCCACCGGACAAAAACAAAAAUAUGGAAAUGCAUGAGAAAUUAAGCAAAUCAAACGGUACCACUACUAAAGUGGUGCCAUCGGUUAUUAUAGCUACACCAGCACCCCAAAUAAUCAUCGAAACCGACAGUCCGCGUCAUUCGACGGAUAAUGGAGAUCUCAGCAGGACCCACGAUAGUUUGUGCGAAGAGACAACGUUCUGCAACGAGAGAUCGGGUUCGGAUAACGAAUCCCCUAAAAAAGGUGAUUGUUCCCAUCUAUACACUCCGGAACAAGAGCAGAAACGUGCUUUGUUAAGUACUCCUAAAUUAAUGCGUUCUCCUUAUGGCUCAACUUUAUCUCUGGCUGAUUAUUGUAAAUCGGAAGAGGAUAUUAGUGAACAUUGUGAAAUCAAUCUGUGCGGUCGUUUUAGGAAAAAAUCGAAGCCAAAACCCGAGAAGAUUUCACAACAGCCACGCUCUCAUUUAACUGCUGAAGCCGAGAGACAAAAGAGAAAACUCGCAAAAGCGAGAGAGAGAAGAGCAACUCUCAUAUUAGGACUCAUAAUGGCUUCCUUCAUUUUAGCGUGGCUUCCUUUUUUUGUACUUUAUGUUGUAGAAGCAAUGUGCCAGAGUUGUACCAUAGACGAAACUGGAUUUGCUGUUGCCUUUUGGCUUGGAUAUUGUAACUCGGCUCUUAACCCCAUCAUCUACACCAUCUUCAAUCGCGAUUUUCGCAGAGCAUUCAGAAAGAUACUCUUCAAGUAAUCGAAAGAGUUUUUUAGAAAAAGAAACUCUUCUCCGUGGUUUUGUCGUUUCUCUUUUUCGUAAAUGUAUUUGUCUUCCAUAAUGCAAAAUUUAAAAGUGCCUGUGAUGUUACAUACAAAUAUACAUAUACAAAACUCACACAAAGUUAACGACUACACUAUUAAAUUCUGUUUAAUAGGUAAGUCAAUUUUGGUGCUUGUCAAUAUAAUAAAAUGAAUAAUAUUUAUUGUUUUGGCUAUUUUACAAAAAAUAAUAAUAAUAAUAAAAGUUAUAUACAUGCAUACAUGCUGUGAAUGUAUGCUUGUAUACAAUAUAUGUAUAGAAGCAAAAUAUAAAGCAAAAAAAUUUGUAAAUAAUUUUUAAUUUUAAAAUUGCAAAUGUAGCCAAUUUGUUAUCUAAAUAAGCAUUCUAAAAUGUCAAAAUAACGAGUAGAUUUAAUUAUUUUACAUUUAAUUUUCGUGUCUUAUUAGAUAUUUAUUUCGCCAAAUUAUAAAUUUCUUUAAUUAGA